CUUACAAUUUCCCACUCCUCGCCUCUCUCUCUUCUUCUCCAAGAAGCAUAUCGAGAAGGUCCAAAACCCUCACCAAAACCCUACGAACAUCCUCUCUCUCCUCUUCAGGCGAUCGAGCCCAGGCCGAAUCAUCGAGCAAAGAUGAGCACCGUGGACAAGAUGCUGAUCAAAGGCAUACGGAGCUUCGAUCCGGAGAACAAGCAUGUCAUCGCCUUCUUCAGGCCCCUCACCCUCAUCGUUGGCCCCAAUGGCGCCGGCAAAACCACUAUUAUCGAAUGCCUUAAGCUCGCGUGCACCGGGGAGCUGCCUCCCAACUCGCGCUCCGGCCACAGCUUCAUCCAUGACCCCAAGGUUUUGGGGGAGACGGAGACUAAGGGGCAGAUCAAGCUCCGGUUCAAGACUGCUGCUGGCAAGGAUGUGGUGUGCAUACGCUCCUUCCAGCUUACACAGAAAGCUUCCAAGAUGGAGUUCAAAGCUCUAGAGAGUGUACUCCAGACUAUCAACCCUCUCACUGCAGAGAAGGUAUGCCUCAGUUAUAGAUGCGCUGACAUGGAUAGGGAGAUUCCGGCUCUGAUGGGUGUCUCCAAAGCUGUCCUUGAUAAUGUCAUAUUUGUCCACCAGGAUGACUCCAAUUGGCCACUACAGGAUCCAUCAACACUGAAGAAGAAAUUUGAUGACAUAUUCUCCGCCACUCG